UAUACAACAUGCACUCACCUCUCUCUUACGUAAUCUAAUUAUAAAAUCCAUCACUAGGACUUAUUUAUUCAUAGGAGCCAAUUUUUCAACACUUACCCUCUUCAUAGUUCAUAUACACACACCAUUACACACACUUUAGCCUCCUCCUCUGCAAGAGAAAGAUAAAAAUAUUCCUCUGCUCAGUUAAACAAACGAAAACAUCUCUUCUUGGGUCUCUCAAACUUCCCUCUUCUUUGUGCUUCAUCCCUUUGGAAUUGCUUGCUUUUCACUUCUUUUUGUUCCUUCUGCUUUUGCAGCGGAUAUAUUCUCAUCUCUGCUAUGUGAAAAUCCAACAUCCAACAUCCAAUUCAUGCAGUUUUAUGUUUUGUUUAUCUCUUUGUUCCAUUCAAGGUCAUUGGACAUUCUCUUCACAUCCACACACACAUGUAAUGUAAUGUAACACAUAUAAGCAUGAAAUUUGCAUGACCGAGUCUUGUUCAUACUGCUUAAUGCAAGUUCUAGUCAUUGCACCAAUAUCAUCAAUUUAUCAUUUUUUUAGAAUCUUCUCUGAACCUGAAGGCCAAUUCCUCCUUCAUAGCCUGUGUCAGAACCAUUAAGCGUGGAUCCAAAACAUGAAAAGCCAGAAGCUAAUAUAUGUAGCUUCUCCUUUGACGUGAGUCUUGGAGGCAAAAUUUGACUGACUCAACGUAGUUCCAAACACACACCGAAUUACCUUAACAUAUUUCAAAUUAUUUUAUCCCAAAACAAAAGGUCUUUGAUUUCUUCUACCUUCUUUGUGUGAGGGAGAAUGGUAGUUACAUAAGUGAGGCCUUGUGAACUCUCAAAAGUUGAAGGUGGCAAAAGAGAAUGUCUAGAAAGGUUUUGACAUCAAUGAAGGAUGAAAAUCCAGAUUUGCAUAAGCAAAUUGGGUGCAUCAGUGGGUUUUUUCAGCUGUUUGAUCGCCACAGGUUCCUCACAGGCCAACGCAGUUGCAGCAACAAUCAGAACACACCAACUAAAGAUGGAACCAACAACCACAUCAAAGAGCUGAAUAAUGCAACUCAAAAGGCAACGGCAAAUAAUGUGAAGGUUGCAAGAGAGAAUCAACAAUUCUCCACAGAAUCAUCAGGAACUUCAAUGUCUUCAUCGUCUCGUUCAUCUAGCAUGUCAUCCCUUGAGUUUAACAGAACAAUUCAUAUAGAACCACCAUCCAUCAGUCAAAUCAAAAUUCCAGAAAACUCUAAUUCAGCAGCAGCAGCAAUGAAGCAAGGCAACCAAGGCCAUCAAUCCCUUGAUUUCUAUGAUAUUGUCAAAGAAUCAAUGCAUAGAGAUGUUCAUGGAUUGUCAGUGAGAACUGUGGCUAAAGAGGAAAAGAAGGGUCGUAUCUUGAAAUACAUUGACUCUCCAAGGCCUUUGGAGUCUCCAAAAUCUGUCAAUACAAGAGUUAUGGCUGCUUGGGAUUCUCCAAGACUCUCUUAUGAUGGGAGGGAUACACAAGACACAUUCAAAUCUGCUACAAAGCCUAGGGAACUUCCAAGGCUUUCCUUGGAUAGCAGAGAAGGGUCCAUCAAAAGCUUCAAUGAAGGAACAAAAUCUCGCAGCCUUUUAAAGGGUCCACAGAAAGGGUAUGGUAGCUCAAGCACAAUGCUUAAGCAGCUGCAGGAAGCAGAAACUUCUAGAAGACCAUCCAGUGUUGUAGCAAGGUUAAUGGGACUAGAAGCCUUCCCAGACUGUGCACAAACUUGUGAUACUCCAAGAGGGAUCUCUGGCUGCCCCACCAACAAAAAUGAGACCUUUGCAGAUAGUAAGUACGAGCUGCACCAAGGUGAAGCAUCCCUGAGAACAAACAAGGGGUCUACCUUGCAUGAGUCUAGGAGGGAUGCUUCAAUCCUGAACAUGACACCACAUUCACGGUUUUCCCUCGAACCAACUCCAUGGAGGCAACCUGAAGCAAGCAAAGGUUCUCAAUUACAGGCUUCCAAGAGAAGUGAAUCUUCUGCAAAAGCAUCAAACCUGUCCCUCUCUGUAUAUGGGGAAAUUGAAAAGAGGAUAGCAGAUCUAGAGUUCAAAAAUUCUGGAAAGGAUCUCAGAGCCCUUAAACAGAUUCUUGAUGCAAUGCAGAGAUAUAAAGAAUCAUUAGAUACAAAAACAGAUCAGGCUUCAAAUUUUCCGUCCGACAAUAGGAGUAAUAGCAGUCUCAGUGAAACCUCAAUUUUACAAAGCCCAAGAAUGCGACAGAAGGACCCAACAUCCACCACUCUUGAGAUGUCAAAUUCAAGCCAGUGUAGUAAAUCACCAAUUUUCAUCAUGAAACCAGCGAAAGCUACAAGAAAAACCAAUAAUCCUGCCUUCACAGAAAUGUCAUUGCAUGGUAAAUCAAGCCCCAACAAGUUUAGCCCUGGUAACCCUGCAAAUGGAAUAUUGGUUGACAAGCUUGACAGGCAAACAGCAAAAGGUAUCAGUCAAGCAAUCAGACAUGCCAAGAAUCCCAUCAGCCAACCCUUUCAUUCAGUGGAUAAGAGUAGUAAGAUGAAAACUUCAAAAUUGAUGCAAUCCUCAAAAGUUCCUCAAAUUAAUGGAGAAAAUGCCACCAACUCUUGCAAUACAGCAGAGGCUAGGAGCCCAAGACUACAAAAGAAGUUUGGUUUGGAGAAGCGUUCUCUGCCAACUAGCCCAUCAUCAGAUUCCAGCAAUAACAGAAGACAACACAAUAGGCAAUCAGUGGAAUUGUCUUCCCCAAGUACAACACCCAGAAAAAAGUCCUCUACUUUGCAGAAAAAAAAUGAACAUUUCAGUGAUAUCAGCAAUCAAAGGAGGGAUUUUAAGCAUGAAGUUGAUGUUUUUUCACCAGAUUUUGGCAGUAAGAGAAGCAUGGACUCAUACAGCCGUGAUGUAGAAAUCAUUCACAUUGAUCAUUCUGAUAAGAUCAUUGGCAACUCCAUCCAGCUAAAAAGCCUAGAUCAAAAUAAUGCGGGAAAAGAUCUGAGCCAGGAAAGCUUUAUGGCUGAGAAAAUAAUUACGGCAGAACAACCAAGUCCUGUGUCUGUUCUUGAUGCCGCUUUCUACAGAGAAGAACCACCUUCUCCAGUUAAAAAGAAAUCAGACAUCUCAAAAGAUUUAGAUGAAGCUCUGAAUACUUAUGAUAGUAGUGAGGAGAACUCAGAAGACCUUCCUCUUUCAUCCAACAGUGCAAAAGCCAACUUCAGUAGUGGAAUUAAUGAUACUUACUUGAAAACUCAAAAUUUGGUCCAAUUUCUUCAACAAAUUGACUACAAUGAUGAGAGAUUGACCAAUUUCAGAGAUGAUAAAGAUCCAGACCAUAAAUAUGUAUCAGAAAUACUGUUAGCAUCAGGGCUACUCAGCAAUCCAAGCUCUAACCAGGUUUUUCAUUCAUCAAGCUAUCCUAUAAACCCAAAGUUGUUCCUUGCACUAGAGCAAAUCAAGACAAACAAAAUGGGUUUCGAUAUUGAAAACAAUGCCAAGAAGAUUGCUGGGCUGCAUAGUCCUGAUCAAAUGCAAAGAAAGCUGAUAUUUGAUGUCAUUAAUGACAUUCUAGCUCAGAAACUAAUAUUUGAAAGUACUACUCUGUGGUGCCAACCAGAUCAGCCAGCAGGUAGAAAACUAAGAGGACAGCUGCUUUUGGAUGAGCUUUGCACAGAAAUUGAUAAAUUACAGCAUAGAAAUAGGAAUGUCAACCUGGAUAAUGAGGAUGAGAAUUUGGCAAAUCUCCUGUGGGAAGAGAUUAUGCACUGCCCCACAAUUUACACAAAAAGUUACAGUGCAAUACCAGAUGUCGUGCUGGAUAUUGAAAGGUUGAUCUUCAAAGAUUUGAUAACUGAAGUUGUGAGAAGUGAACUAGCUAACCAUUCUGGUAAGCAUUGCAGACAACUGCUGUUUCCCAAGUAGGACUUCUGGCUAAUCAGUUUAAGAAAUAAUUUUCAUCCUUAAUCUGUCAACUUUCUUUUCUACCUAUACUUAUACGUUAAGAUGGAGGAAGGGGGGAUAAGCUAAUUUAUAGACAUUUUAAAUUUUAUUUCCUAUCUAAACUCAUGAGCAUUAAUGUCUACAAUAAUCUUUUUGCAUGUAUUUAUAGUGUAUGUUGACUAAAUACAUGUAAAGAAUAAGAUAAAUGUAUAUAUCAAUGACAUGAUACUUUUAAGUUCAAUUACAGCUGUUUUAAGUUCACCAUAGUAAGAUCCCUUUUUCUGUAUAUCUACAGUGAUAUUCAUAUUAUUGUGGGCCAUUUGAAGACAGUUAAUAUUCAUAAACCAGCACAUGUGUUACCUGCUUUUAGCAAAUUUUCA